AGGAGCGCCUCGGUCACCCUCCCAGCAUGCAACGCGGCCUGGUUUGAAUGGCGCUGCCUGGGCGAAGGGGGGCCCGGCGCUAAAUCCUCCUUUCCGCCGCCCAAUCCGGUGGCUUCCAUUUGAGGCCUGGCCAGCGGCACCUGUGGCGCUGGACCAUGAGCAGCAGAGGCAGCAGGGAUUUUGGAGAUUAUGGCAUCUGAAGCCCAAAAUGAUAGGAAACGCAACCUAUUGUAUAUCGGGGGUCGUCCUAUUGAUCUUCCUAGAAAAAGAAGUUCUUGUUCCAUUAAUGAGAACAUGAAGGAGGGUAAGAAAUCUACAAAACAUUUGGCUUCUUGCUCAGGCAGAACAACAGUUGGACAAACUGUGAUCAGCCCUCAUCCUCUGUUCAAAGUAGUAUAUUGCAGAAGAAAAGUUCACUACUAUUCUCCGAAGCCUUCUUUCAGAAAGAAACUACUUCCUAAAGUCAAGAGCCGUGACAUGGCAAAUAAGGAAAAUGAACUGGCAUGUGCAGGUAAUCUGCCAGCAAAACUGCCUGCUGAUGAUCGCACAUUCUUGCUGAACUCCAGUGAUUCUGGUCGUGCUCAAGCAGAGAGCCCUUCAUCAAAAUACAGUGGAUUUUUUUCAGAGGUUUCUGAAGAUCAUGAAACAAUGGCACAAGUUCUCUUCAGUAGAAAUCUUCGGCUGAAUGUAGCUUUGACCUUCUGGAGAAGAAGAAGUAUAAGCGAGCUCAUAGCCUAUUUAGUGAGGAUACAGGAUCUGGGUGUGCUGGUAGAUUGUCUUCCUGUUCUGACCAGCAGUUUACAGGAAGAAAAACCAUAUAUUUCUGUUGGCUGCUGUGUAGACCUUCUACCAUUAGUAAAAUUAAUGCUUAAAAGCAAAUUUGAAGAAUAUGUCAUCGUUGGUUUAAAUUGGCUCCAGGCUGUGAUUAAGAGAUGGUGGUCAGACCUUUCUGCCAAUACUGAAAAGAUAGAGGAUGGAAAUAUUCAAAUUUUAAAGGAACAGUUAAGUGGAUUGUGGAAACAAGAAAAUCAUCUUACUUUGGUUCCAGGAUAUACGGGUAAUAUAGCAAAGGAUGUGGAUGCUUAUUUAUUACAGCUGCACUGACGUUCCUGGAGGACAAAAGUAUAUGUGUAUGCACUACUGUGUGCUGGCUGCCAAGAAAAAGCCCUUCAAGUAACACUGAACUGUGUACUAUUUCCGAAAGGACUUCUCUUCUGGAAACUGUCUGACAGAAGAGGAUAUUAGAAGAUCAGACUGUGUAAUGCAACCACUAAAAACCAUCUGCUUCACAUUGAAGUGGAAAAAAAAUCUAAUAGGAGCUACUUUUACUUCAGUGAGGUGAAAGUGCACUAUGAAAACUGUAUGUAUGCCUUUGCUGCAUUUGGGAUUUGUCCGGCUAUCUGCUGAAGUUGUGAAAGUGUUUCUGCUACGUAAUUGUAUAAAAAAGCAAAACAUAUUUGUGAAGAAAGAAUGGCAGAACCCAUUACUAGGAACCACAGGAGACUAGUCACCAUAAAUAUUUUUUAAACAUUGUUUUUCAUAUGAACCAUAAAAUGUGUUUAUAGCCAAGAUAUGUUACAAUUUUGCAAUUUUACUGUACUGAAAUUUUGAAAUGUGUGUCUGCUAUAUUAAUCAAGAUAUUAAAGAUUAUUUUUGUUGCACUACUGAGAAACUGUAUAUAGCAAGAGGCCUUAACUACUAGUAUUGCAAAUAGCCAAUAUAUAUUAAGAUAUCUUAUAACCAGUAUAUUAAGAUAUAUAUAGAAGGAUGGAAACCCUUUAUUGAAAUCAGGGCGUUUACACAAAUUGUAUACAAACCAUUUUGACAAAAUUUGCACACUUAAAUAUAUUUAAGUGGAUGUUUCCACUGACUACUUUACCUGUUGACCUAAUUGUAAGAAGAUACAAAAAAUACAGCCGUGGAUUAAAACUGAUGGCCAAAUUCAGCAGAAUGGUGAAGGUGUACACCUAGAAUUUUUAGUACCUAAAUUUUCUAAUAUAUUAUGUUUAUCAUUUAAAUUGCCUUCAGUUGUAUUACUACUGUUCUAAAUUAAGUUCAGAUAACUAUCUGGGUCUCCUAACCUAUUCAGAAGCUCUUCUGUUGUACUUAAAAGAUGUAUAACUCCUGCUCUAGAAAUGUUUACAGCCAGGGUAGGCCUGUGCUUUUCAGAUUUAACUGCGCAUCUGCUACCUCCUCUAACAUGUUGCUGCAGCUCUUGCAAAUGUAGUUGCCAUAUGGCCAUAUUCCUAACUUAACAUUUAAACUUAACUGGAAUAUGAAUGCAAUACAUCCAGUGCAAAAGUUUACAAUUAUAUUUUGUUUUUACUAAUUUGUGAUAUUUUAGUUCAACCUGCUGUGGCUUAUCAGCUAUAUUAGAAAGCAAACGGCUUGAUGGGAUUAUGGGAUGGUGUUUUUUGUAAAUAGUAAAUGUUUGUCCAAAUAAAAUUCUCUAAAGUGCCAGCUAUGCACUAAAACAAACUGAAAUGUAUUUUUGCAAGUCACCAGUCAAAGUAGAGCAUUGGAUUUAAUUUUGAUAUUUCAAUAUGUCUAUUUGAACUGCGUCUCUGAUGAACUGCAGUAUCUUAUACAGGGAACCUCUUCUCAUAUUCCCAGGUUAUUACAGUGCUAGCCAAAAGCAAGAAGCCAAUACCUCUACCUAGACCUACUAUGAUUUUCCCAAAGUUACUUCCAAGUUUCUGUAAAUCAAGAAAUUGAAUAAAAGCCUGUUUUUGUUGU